AUGGCUCCGAACAAAUGUAACGUGCCCGCCGCGGCGAAGAUUUCGAUGGCGGACGUCGCCGCGAUGCGCGAGGCGCAGGGCAUGAAGAAGGACGAGGACGCGCGCAAGGCGGCGGGCGAAAAGAUCGCCGAGCUCGCGAACGCGGCGUCCUACGCCGAGGAACCGUAUCUCAUCGAAUUGCUCGAUGUUGCGUUCAUGCUCGCGGGCGAUAACAAGUCCGCGGACGUGCGCGCGGCUGGCGAUAAGGCUGUGGACGCCAUCGCGCCCAAGCUCUCCGAGUUCGCCGUGCGCCCAGCGUUGAAGCCGAUCUUCGCCGGCUUCCAGUCUCAGUUCUGGCAAGCGACCAUGGCGGCGCUUCGCGUGCUCGAUGGCUUUGUUGCUCGUAACCGCAAGGCGGUGGCGGCCAACUUGCCGGAGAUCAUCCCGGAGCUCGCUCAAGUGAUGGUGCACAUGCGCUCGGAGGUCAAGGAGGCGUCCACCGCGUCCAUGGCCAAGGUCGCGGACUGCGUCGGUAACCUCGAUAUCGAGCCGUUCAUUCCUACUUUGAUUGAGUGCAUCAACAACGUCGAUGAGGUUCCGGAGUGCGUGCACAAGCUCGCGGCGACGACGUUCGUGCAACAAGUCGAGGCUCCGACGCUCUCCAUCAUGGGUCCGCUCCUUCAGCGCGGGUUGUUCUUCCAGCAAUCCACCCCGAUCAAGCGUAAGUCCGCCGUUAUCAUCGACAACAUGUGCAAGCUCGUCGAAGAUCCGAUGGAUGCCGCGCCCUUCUUGACGAAGCUUUUGCCGCUUCUGAAGCGCGCUAUGGAUGAAGUCGCCGACCCAGAGUGCCGUCAAGUGUGUACCCGCGCGUACAAGACGCUUCUCCAAGCCGCCGGUAAUGAAACCGGCGCCGAAGAGAGUGGUGAAGCCGGCAAGGGUGUCUACAACGAAGAGACCGUCAGCGAACAGUUCAUCGAGCUCUUGGCCGCCUCUACCGGCUCCUCCAAGGAAGAUGUCACCGCUUUCGUCCAAGGCGAAGGCGUCAAGGUGUACUUUGACUACAUUUGCUCCUUGUCCGCCAACGCCCUCUUGGCCAAGAACUUCGACUUGGAUACCUGGACUAAGUCUUGCGCCACCUCUUACCUGAAGCUUUUCUUCUCCGAGGCUGACGUCAUGACCAAGUCCCUCGUCGAGCGUGCGGAACACGUGUACGAAUCCUCCAAGAAGGUGUUCGUCGUCGAGGACGAAGAAGGCGAAGACCUUUGCAAGUGCGAUUUCUCCCUCGCGUAUGGUGCGUUGAUUUUGCUCAACAACGCCACGCUCCACAUGAAGAAGGGUAAGCGCUACGGUUUGUGCGGCCCGAACGGUUGCGGCAAGUCCACUUUGAUGAAGGCCAUCAACAACGGUCAAGUCGAAAACUUCCCGCCGCCGGAGGAGCUCCGCACGGUGUACGUCGAGCACGACAUCCAAGGUGACCAGCACACGAUGAACGUCGUCGAAUUCGUUCUCGACAACGAAGUCAUCCGCCAACACGGUACCACCAAGGAGCAAGUCGCCGCGACGCUCACGUCUUUCCAAUUCACCGACGAAAUGAUCAACGGCCCUGUCGUCGCCCUCUCGGGUGGCUGGAAGAUGAAGCUCGCGCUCGCCCGCGCCAUCCUCAUGAAGGCUGACAUCUUGUUGCUCGAUGAGCCGACGAACCACUUGGACGUCAAGAACGUCGCCUGGUUGGAAGAGUACCUCAACUCGCAAACGCAAGUCUCUUCCAUGAUUGUGUCCCACGACUCUGGUUUCUUGGACCGCGUGUGUACGCACAUCAUCCACUACGAAAACCGCAAGUUGGUGACGUACCGCGGUAACCUCACCGCGUUCGUCGAGCAGUGCCCGGCGGCGAAGAAGUACACCGAGCUCUCUAACGAUGAGCUUAAGUUCAUCUUCCCGGUCCCGGGUUUCCUUGAAGGCGUGAAGAACAAGGAUAAGGCCAUUGUCAAGGCGACGAACUGCUGGUUCAAGUACCCGAACACCACCCGCCAGAUCAUCCAGCAAGCGACCAUCCAGCUCUCUUUGAGCUCUCGCGUCGCCUGCCUCGGACCGAACGGUGCGGGUAAGUCCACGUUCAUCAAACUCCUCACUGGUGAGGCUGAGCCGGACCAAGGUACCGUCUGGCGUCACCCGAAUAUGCGCUACGCGUACGUCGCGCAGCACGCGUUCCACCACGUCGAGCAGCACUUGGACAAGACGCCCAACGAGUACAUCCGAUGGCGUUUCUCCACCGGUGAAGACAAGGAAAACUUGACGAAGGUGACCGCGCAGUACACCGAAGAGGAAAAGAAACUCAUGGCGGAGAAGAUCCCUGUCGAACAGGAGGAUGGCUCCAUGCUCAAGCUCGUCGUCGAGAAGAUCAUCUCUCGUCGCACGAAGAAGAACAAGCACGAGUACGAAGUUCAGUGGAAGGGUCUCUCGAUGGAUGCCAACACCUGGGUUGCUCGCGAAAAGCUCGAAAAGUUCGGUUUCACCAAGUACCUCAUGCGUGUCGACGAGCGCGAAGCCGCUCGCGCCGGUUUGUACGCUCGUCCGCUCACGCAAGCGAACGUCGAAAAGCACUUGGUCGACUUCGGUUUGGACGCAGAAUUCGGUACGCAUAACCGUAUCAAGGGUCUCUCCGGUGGUCAAAAGGUUAAACUCGUGCUCGGCGCCGCCAUGUGGCAGCAACCGCACAUUGUCGUCAUGGACGAGCCGACGAACUACUUGGAUCGCGACGCCCUCGGAGCGCUCGCGUGCGCCGUCAAGGAAUUCGGUGGCGGUGUCUUGCUCAUCACGCACAACUGCGAAUUCGCUGACGCGUUGAAGGAAGAGACCUGGAACGUGCCGGGUACCGGCUUCGUUGAGAUCGAAGGUAACAAGUGGGGUCAAGGCAAGUCUGCCAAGGGUGCGGCCGUGGAGUUCGAGAUUCAAGAGGACACCGUCGACGCCCUCGGUAACAAGGUCAAGGUGAAGGGACCGAAGAAGAAGCUUUCUCGCAAGGAUAUCAAGGCUAUGUCCAAGGCGCGUGCGGCUAAAUUGGCCGCAGGCGCUGAGAUUACGACCGAUAGCGAUUGGGACCUUGAUGUCUACAUCGGCGUUGACCCGGACGCCGCUAAGAAGGCGGAACGUGAGGCUAAGAAGGCUGCAAAGUAA